UGUGCGUGUCGAAUGUCGUGUAAGGUUCAUGUCCGAAGUAUGACAUGGUUCAAGUGAUGGGAGGAGUCGCAAUUGUUCACAUUGAUUAAGUUUGUUUGCAGUUUUAUUCAAUUUUCUUUUGCUGAAAAGAUUGAUUAAAAAUUUUAUUUGAAAUUAACUUGACUUGUAUACAAGAAUCGGUGACGUAUAGGUUACUAUGGUACUAGAUUACAACGGUUACAUUUGAGCAGACCUGUAGAGUGGAAAACGUGUCUUGAAACCCAUAAAGACUUAAUUGAUCUCUAGAUUUGAUUAUGCUUGAUAAACUUUCGAGUUAAAAAUUAAUAGUUUUUAUUUCAGAAUGGCUGCAGUAUUUGAUAUUGAAUUACAUGAUACAGACGUCAUACAAAAAGAUGACUCUGAAGAUGAUGUUAUUGAAAUAAGCGAGGAAGAGUACAAUGCUAAUCCAAACGUCAAUGAAAUCAUAGAAUCUGAAGGAAUAGAAGCUGUUGCAAUAUCUGAACAGAACGUUAAUCAGGGAAGAGAACGAGUUGGACCACAAGAUUUUGAAUUAUGCAAAGUUAUUGGAAGAGGUGGCUAUGGCAAAGUAUUUCAAGUACGCAAAACAACUGGAAAUGAUAGUGGCACUAUCUUUGCUAUGAAGGUUUUGAGAAAAGCAUCAAUAAUUAGAAAUCAAAAAGAUACUGCUCAUACCAAAGCAGAAAGGAAUAUUCUUGAAGCUGUGAAGCAUCCAUUUAUUGUCGAUCUUAUGUAUGCCUUUCAAACUGGUGGAAAAUUAUAUUUGAUACUAGAAUAUAUGUGUGGUGGUGAACUUUUUCGCCACUUAAACGACGAAGGAAUAUUUUUAGAAGAUACUGCUUGCUUUUACUUGUCAGAGAUAAUAUUGGCUCUACAACAUCUACACUUGCAAGGAAUUAUUUAUAGAGACUUGAAGCCAGAAAACAUUCUGUUAGAUGCAGAAGGACAUAUUAAGUUGACUGAUUUUGGACUUUGUAAAGAACAUAUACAAGAAGGUGUAGUAACACACACUUUCUGUGGUACAAUUGAAUAUAUGGCCCCUGAGAUCUUAACAAGAAGUGGACAUGGUAAAGCUGUUGAUUGGUGGAGUCUUGGCACUCUUAUGUAUGACAUGUUAACUGGAUCUCCACCAUUUACUUCUAACAAUAGGAAAAGCACUAUUGAAAAAAUUUUAAAAGGCAAGCUAAUUCUUCCACAGUAUCUUACACCAGAUGCCAGAGAUCUUAUUCGAAAAUUAUUAAAAAGACAGGUAGUUCAGAGAUUAGGCUCUGGAUCUUCAGAUGCAGAACAAAUUAAAGUUCAUCAAUUUUUCAAACAUAUUAAUUGGAGCGACGUCAUAUUCCGAAAGUUAGAACCGCCAUUCAAGCCAACUUUGGCAAGUGAAGAUGACGUAUCGCAAUUUGACAAACGAUUUACAACCUCAGCGCCAAUAGAUUCUCCAGCCGAAUGUACUCUUAGUGAAUCUGCUAAUAAAGUUUUUCAGGGGUUCACAUAUGUUGCACCAAGCAUAUUAGAAGAUAUGUCUCAACCACGAAUUGUGAAUGCUAAAAGUCCACGAAAAAAUAAUAUACGCAGUUUUUCUCCGCGGAGUAAUCAUUUUAAUUUGCAUAAUUCGCACGUAUCAAACCAUAGGCUCAAUGGAGUUGAGGAUGCAGAAAUGAUUGAAAUAAGUUAAUUAUUCAUUUACAGCUUUGCUUUUUUAUUUAUUUUUUGAGCUUCUUGAAUCAAACUUUUCAGCUUGAGAUUUCGUAAAUAGAAAAGUAAAAGUUUGAUUAAUUGUUUAAAGCAUACUUAACCGCGAUGCUCAAUGGCUAUGCAUAGCUUAUUUUUUUCAAUUUUUGCAGUGUUUCCGACAAUAUUUGUUGAAAGUAGUGUGUUUGGUAUGGUGUGGUGUUACCAACUCAAUUCAAUUUAGUACUAAUAUUUUAUAUGAAGCAUAACGAGUAUAGUAUAACGUUUUUUUGUUAUUAUCUAAAGCCGUUGUAGCGGUUCGAGACAAGUUAUUCUGGAAUAUAUUUUACAUUCGAUUCAUUAAGUAAAAGUUGCGAAAAUUUACUAUAUUGCGAAAAGUUGAUAUACCUUCAUACAAUGAAAUCAAUAUUAUUAUUUACAAAGAGCAUGAACAGAUCAUUUGAAAAAAAAUGUUUUUAUUAAUAUUUACAGCCAGUUUUUACACUUAUGGCAAUGCAGAUUUAUUGAAAUAAAACAAAAAAAUAUGUUUCGUCGAUACAAAGUAAUGUUAUCGUAAUUAUUAUAAACUAAGGAAUCAAACAUGACUGAUAAGCACACUGCAACUUUUAUUAAAGCAAUAAUGAUUUUACAAUCCUGUGUGUGUGUGUGUGUGUGAGAGAGGGGGGGGGGGGGGGGGUAGAUAGAGAGAGAGACUUCUUUGCCCUGGACGCAUCAAAUGUAAAAUGUAUUUUAUUUUAUGCAAUCUAAGGGCAAAAAUGGCAUACAAACACGGCAAAUACAGUAACAAAUUAAUUUUGGUCGUGCUAUUGAAUAGAUGCCAAAACUUUCUUUCCAAUACAUCAUUUUCAUUUUCUGUUUCUUUUGUUCACAAAAAAUGUAAUUUCUAAAUAAAGAUAUGAAAAUAAAAUCUCAAAGUAAUCUUA